CCGGCCCUGCUCCGGGUUUCCUUCCUUCCUCUCCAGCCGGACAAGCGGCCUCUUCCCCCCGGGGCUUCGUGCAGUUUUCUCGGGGAAAGCCGGGAGCGAGGCGCGGCCGGAUCAGAGGCUAAAAAUGGCACUUGGACACUGUGAAACCAGUGAGGUUCUGAGAAUUACUGCUGAGCAGGAGCAUGCCCUUGGUGGUGACGGCACAUCAGGAUCCAGGAUGAUGGACCAAAGCUUGUCAGCUCUCAUCACAGAGUAUGGAAAACAGGUGGAGGAAAUGAGAGAGCAGCUGCAGCUUUAUCAGGCACAAAUGAGUGGGAUGAAGAAAAAAUUGGAAGAAGUCACCAAGGAAAAUGAAAGGCUGCAUGCAGAGUUGAAAGAGCCUCUUGAGAAGCAACUGCAGGCUCUUCCUUUUGUGCAUCUGGAAAGUGAUAUUCCUGCAGAUGAAGGCACAGUGAGAACCCUCCAAGAGGAGCUACGUGUGGCAAAGCAAGAGAGAGACCAAGCAGUGGAGCGUUGGCAGACGCUGUCCCAGGAGCACGACCGGCUUCAGCAGCAGUACCAGGAGCGCCUGACCAGAACACACCUUCUCAUAGCUGAGAGGAAAAAGCAGAGUGAUCAGCUGAGUAGCAUCCAGCAGCUGACUCGCCAACUGCACGUGACCAAUCAGCAGUUUCUGAAAACUGUGACAGAACAAGAUGUGGAACUAGAGCAGCUACGAAAACAGCUGAGGCAAGCCAAAAUAGAUGGGCAGGCAGCAAAUGCUAAGCUUGAAGAAAUGAUGGCAUUGAAAGAGAAGCUUCAGAGCCAAUUGGAGAGAAAGGAAGAAGACAGGAUGUCUGCCCAGGAGAGAGAAACAGCAUCUGACAAACGCUUGCAGCAAAUGCAGUCCAACAUAAAACAGCUGGAAAUAAGAUUGUGUGUGGCUGUUCAAGAUGCUGAACAGCUGAGAACAGAAAAAGUAGCCCUGGAGGAACAGAUCACAGAGCUUCAGGCCAAGUCUGCCAAUCUAGAAAGUGAGACAUAUGAUGCUGUUGCCAAAGUCCAAGAUUGCAUACAGCUCUUGGAAGAAGCUAACCUGCAAAAAAGUCAGGCACUCUUUGGGGAGAAACAAAAGGAAGAAGAGAUCAAAAAACUGCAGGAUGAAAUGUCUCAACUUGCAGAAAAUACUGCUGCAAGAAUUAGAAAGGAAGUAGACACUGCAAAGAAGCAAUGUAACAUGCAGCUUUCUCGGCUGACAGAAGAAGUUUCAGCUCUUCAGAUGGAAUGUGCAGAAAAACAAAGUCAAAUUGAACGAGCCAUUAGAGAAAAGAGAGCAGUGGAAGAAGAACUUGAAAAGAUUUACAGGGAGCACAGAGAGCACGAAUCUGACAGCAGGAAGCUGGAGCAGCUGCAUCAGAAGUAUUUACUUGCAGAAGCUGCCAAGGAUGACCUGCAGCGGGGUCUGCAGGUGACACAAAAUAAAUUGAAACAGCUGGAAAUGAACUCUGAGGAAGAGAAAUCCCGUUGCCAGGAAGUUAUCAGUAAAUUGCAAAGCACUCUGGAUUCAGAAAGAGAAAAGAGUUCCUUUGUCAGUGAACAAAGACUGAAACUUCAGCAGGAGAAUGAACAAUUGCACAAUGAAAUGGAGGGUUUGAGAAAACUGGCAGUGGAGGCUCAAAAAAAAGCUAAAAUCAAGAUAAGCACAAUGGAGCAUGAGCAUGCAGUGAAAGAACACGGGUACGAAGCUCGACUCAGGGAGCUGGAGGACACCAGCCACAAGUCCAGCACUGAGCUCAGACGUCUCCUGGUAGCUCAGCAGAAAGCAACAAACAGGUGGAAAGAAGAAACAAAGAACCUCACUGAAACUGCAGAAGCCAGGAUCAGUAAGCUGAAAAGUGAGCUGCGUCAACAAAAACUCCGUAGCCAGGAGCUCAUUUCCCAGCUGGAAAUAGCAAAUGAGAAGGUAACUGAGGAUGAGACACUGAUGAUGGAGUAUCGGGAAUACAUCGACAGGCUGCAGAGGCGGCUGAGCCAGGCAGAACAGAGAGCAGCCACAGCAUCCCAGCAGCUCAGCCUGCUAACUACACAGAAUAAAAAAGCUGCUUCCCUGAAGGAUCUGGAUCUGGAAACUAUUUAAACACAUGUUUUUAUCAUUCCUUUAUCAACUCCCACUCAUGUUGGGAGUUAGGAGGGUUGCUGGAGAAACUUCAUAUUGGAGCACUACAGUCAAAAGCGCAGCAAGGCUUGUAAAACAAAUUCUGGUAAGAAAAGGAGUGGAUGAAGAUCCUGUCUCUGUAUGGACAAUAAAGAUUGGAAGAAGUCUGCAAAAUGUUGUCAUUCAAGUCCUUUAAUGUAGCAAAUGAAAAAAUCUGGCACAGUGCUGUGGCACAUUCAGGGUUUUUGGUCUAAAAUCCAGUAGCUCCAACUGUGACAAGAUUGUGUACAGGGAGUACAUAACACUUCUGUUGAAAUUCAUCUUGACUUUGCUCAUGUGCAGUCAGUAUCUUUUUAAUUGUUCUGUAUAGUGCAGGUAACUUGGGAACAGUUUGAAGAUCCUUUGUGAAUUAUAAUUAGACUCAUUACAGCAUGAGUGCCAGAGUUGCUCUCUGGUUGGUCAGUGUUUGAGUGCCAGAGUUGCUCUUUGGUUGGUCCAUUGUUUGAGCUGCAUGAUGCCUCUGUUGCCUUCCAGUGUAAAGAAUUCAGUUUGGUUUGGUUUGAUUGCCCUAAGGUGCAGGUGAUAAUGAAAAUGCUGCUGUGGCUACUCAGCUCAUUCCUAAGCUCUGUCAUCUUCCUACAGUUGUGCUUUUUCUUCUUAAUGUACUAUUAAUUUCAUAAUUCUUUUACAAUUCCUUGCUUUUCUGUUGGUCUGCUCCCUUGGUUUGGACGUAUCUGGGAAAUUCCAUUCUCUUACUUCAAUUUGCACCAGGGUGAAGUCACCCAGCCCUUAUGCCCUUUGCAAUAGUGGGUUUCAGCUGUACAGAUGCCAAGAUGUGGGAAUCCUCUUGUACAUGGGGAUUUUUGAUAGUUGAGACAGGUCAUAGCUAUCAUUAUACAAUUACAGCCAAAGUCCAUUUUCUCUUUUGGCAUAUAGUACAAGCAUUUGAUAGGUGUUGCACUGAUUUUGAAGUGCUCACAUCUUGGCCUUGACUGACAUAAUUGCUUGUCCUUCCACUUCAAUGUGAAGAGUGCAGUUCUGGUUUCUGACCUCUCAUUCAGCUGCUGGGUAGUACUUGAUGGAAAUGUCUCAUUUGUGUCCAUGGCAGUGGACCUUCACCAUGUUUGCAUUUCAGAGGACAGAGUUGAGCAGAUCCCCCCUGUGGAGACAAGACUUUGUGCAGCCUCCUGAAAUCUUGGCUGUUCAGGUAGAGCCUGCAAGAUGGAUCCACCCUCAGAAACAAUUCCUGCUUGCUGCAGGGAAUGCCACUAGUUCCUAGAGUGGUUGCUCUUUCUUCUUGAUAGAUGCCUGUAUCCACUGCAAUCUCUAAAUCUCAAUUUUGGUUAAAAGAUGUGGAAGAUUCUCCAAAACAACACGGAUACAUUUUUCAGACGCUCCAAGUGUCUGUUUGGGUGAGGUUUUCAUCCAUCAGCAGAGUGAUACAGAGGCAGGCAAGUGGCAGGCACCUUGUUUCCAUUUGCAUAAUGCACAGCUGAGAUGACGACAGGCCACCUGGAAGAUUUUGUGGGAGCCAUUAAUCCCCUUCACUGCUCAAAGGCAGGCUCUGGCUGUGAAGUGAAACCCGGCUGGAAGGGGCAGGCACUCCUCAGGAUUUGGGUAUUUGUUCCUGGAGGCCCAGAAGGGCACCUGCAGGCUUCCAUGUUAAUUAUGGGAAUAUUCAUUUCACCUUGGGGUGCAGCUCCUGCCUGGUGGCUGUUUGCCAGAACAGGAACUGCAGGGGUGACACAAAGCCAGGGGCAGCAGAGCAAUUCCCGCAGAUGACACAGCAAAGGAAAAGAUUUCUGUCCUGGUCACAGAGAGGAAUGUGGUGACAUGGAGCUGAUCACACACCCAACACCUCCUUUAUUUCCCUGAGGUGGCUAGAGGAAGC